UUGCAAUCUGCCCAGUUUCCCAUCUGCAAAGAGGAAUCAAACUCAAGCCUUCUGCAGAGCUGCGCGAGCUCCGUUACGCUGUGGUUACCUCGCCCUUCAUUAGGACACAAUCUUCUACAUCAGAUGAGAAUUUCGGGGAACCAAACUCCCAGGUGAUGAAAGUGACUGUAGAGUGGUCGCUCCACUCAAACAGGCCCUCCGUCUUCCUGUCGUUCAGUCCCAGCCACAGCUCGUCGGUGGACGCUGUCGAGGGAAGCAGUGAUGGUAGGUGGCGUCCUACCUGAGAUCAGCGCCUGCUCGUUGGGAUCACUGAUGCUGACCAGAGAAGCCCCCUGCUGUCUGCAACUGUCUGCCGCCUGAGGCCAGGUCAGCGCUGACUGGCUGUUCACCUGAUAAUAAGCUCCAGUGACUUGGUUCUUGUUCCAGAACUCUGUGGCUGUGGAAGAAGAGCUUGGGUAAAUAUACUGAUUCCAUGCACACAUCCAUGACUGGUUGGCACUUACAUAAGGUGGGACAGUAGCCCCAGAGCUCGUGCUCAUAUUUGGUCUCAACUGAGCACCAAGGGCGCUUGAUAGAUGAGUCGAACGUGGUGCAGUCUCCGAACCAUCUGUCCUUGUACAGGAAGGGAAAUGCACAUAUCUUUCCGAACGCAUUUCCCCCAAUGGAAUAGAACUCUAAGAGCAAGAGGCCGAUUUGGUCAAUUAUUCUUGCAAAUAACAACAUGUUAAAUGCAUUAUCUCGAGCUUCAAAUCUGCUCCUGCUUCACCUCUGAACGUUCGGGAGCAAGGACCGCUCGACGAGCCUGUGAUUGUGAAGUGGUUGUUGGGUCCGACCGACCUGGAGAGAGCGGUGGUUUCGUCCGAUUUCAUUUCGAUGUAUAGCUGCUGGCCUUUCAGCGCCAGCAGCGUGUCGUUCCUGCACUCCCACUUCUGCAGGUCGCUCCGGUCGUCGCAGUCGUAGAGGGUCACCUCGCUGCCCACACUGCGGCCCUGGGCUCCCAGACACUUCUUGGUGGAUGUGGAGUAAAGCCGGUUGCCCGUCGUCCAGCGCAUGUCCUGGCAGCGGCUGGAUUUUUUCACCAGACAAAAUCCUGUGGCUUUGUUGAUGACGCCAAAUUGUGAAUCUACGCUCAGGAAAAGAAUUGACGGGAGAGAUGAGUACGCUUGAAACACAAUAUUGAUAACAAUAAUAAAGUUUAGGACAGCCAGCAAGAGAUCUAUGAUUUUGCAAGCAAUAGCUCCCGAUGCGUGACAUUUCUUUCUUAAAAUACAGAACAGAAUGGUAACUAUCAAAAUGCAGAAGGAAAAACCUCGUCGAUAAAAUUCCAAACCGUUUGAUGAUGAACAUCGCAAUAUUGUGCCCAGGAGCACAAGGGCCGCUAGCGUUGUCCGUUUGGUCACCAUCCUCCCACUGAGUCUCACGGCUGCAGACAUGACUCCUGCAUUGCAAGCACGAGGCCUUAUGAGCAGAACCAUGACACAGGGGGCAUCUGUAGAAAGAAAGCUUGCAGGGCUUGUUCUUCUUUUCACUGAGAAAGUAUCAUGUUUCGGAUUGGGACAUCGCAACACAGUGCUACUGUGCAAAAGGGAGCAGGGGGUGAUGAGGAAGUAUACAAACAAACACACACACACACACACACACACACAUCCUGCUUGCAUGUAUAUAACACUUGAGAAGUGACUGCUGACUUCCUAUCUGUUCGAGUGAAUGUAAAACAUUUCUGUGCAUCCGUCUGAAUGGAUUUUGAUUUCCCAUCACGUGGAAUUGGAUUUGUUGAAGGCAAACCUUCAGCCCUUUGAACUCAGAUUAAGGAGUGCAAUAAAAAGCAUUAACAAACAAGAAGUGAUUUAGUCUUGUAAAAGUGGAGAAUUGAAUUACCACGUGUGGUGUUUGUUUUGUUGGGAUCAUUUCUGUGUCACGACUGCUGAAAGAAUGAUCUCGUGGUGUGAGUAGUUUAGCCUUAUUGUGUGAUAUGCUGAAGCUGAAACUGUUUUGUUUUGGAGUCGUUUCUUAUUUCAUUAAAACGUGAUAGUGUUGGUUGUUGAAGAGGAGCAAUGUCAAAUCUGUCUUGAGUCGCUUUCACUUCCUCGUGUGGGUUGACGGCAGAAGGCGGCUCAAUGAGUUGUGCUUGUGGAGAUCCACAGCUGCAAUGGAAAGUUGUGUUGCACUUCAGGUCUUUUAUGGAUUAUCAACCCUUCAGAAGUGAAUGAGAUGGAUGAAAGCAUGUUUAUAUAUGCAUGGAAUCCAUGGAUGCCAGCUCCUUGUCUGAAUUGAACUUUAUAUUCAGCAGGUUUUCAGAGUGUGGGCCGACACAAAUGAAGAAUGCUGGCUCUGUUGGGCAAAGUAGUUCAGAAUCCGGUAGAGGCCACCAUCAUGAUAUGAUGAUACAUUUAUACACUUCAGACUUUUGGAAUUGCAGACGACAGAAGAGGACAACAAACCCAUCAACUCAAAUAGCACUUAAAUGUCUCGCCUAUAAUACAUUAUUUGACCAUCUAAAACACUUAAUAAUGCAUUUGUGAAGCUUCAUUGAAGACUGUAUGAUUGGUAACCAUAACAAGGUUUGUGUAGCAUUACAAGUGUCGUUAUUGCGUUGUUCAUUACAUUUAUAAUUUCAUGCUACAAUAAAGGACAUGAGGACUGAGCUAAUCUUAUCAAUAUUAUUGCCAUGUCUUUGUUUAGCUGUAACAAGUCAAACAACCCAAAGUACACAUAUUCUCUUUCUGACUACAUUAAGUCCACUUCUUAGAAUCAUCCACAAACCCUGUCAAACAUGACACGAUUGACAUUUAGAACCUUUCCCAUAAAUCCUUACAAAUGCAUGAUAGGUGGGACCGGAUUUGUCGAUAUUCCUUUGAUCUCUUCAACCACAGCAGGGCGAAGCUGGUGCUCUUUAUAUGAAGUAGAUGAUGAGCCGUGGAGGGCUGUGGUGCCAGGUCCGAAAGAAAUGUUGCUCAGAGCUGACUGCGUUGUCCUUUUAACUGUAACGUCAUGUGUCGUGAGCAGAACGGAGCCUACCUUGUCAUUAAAUGUGGCCGAGCAAAGAUUUUGCUUUUUAAAUGUGUUUCUUCACGGUAGAAUGUGAUCAUUUCAUCAAAUAUUGUGUGCUACAGUAGUGUCUAUUACUCUGUCUAUUUUCUCUUCACCUCCUGUCAGUCUGCCUGUAAAUCAUUCUCAUCUGUCUGUAUCAUUUCAAUCGCAUUAAUAAGUACCAGAGUUAUAGGACCAAUCAAAACUGGUUAUCUUGAUGUACCUGCGCUUAAAAACAGAUGGCUUUUAGAGCUUGGCUUAAUGUACAACUGAGCAGCAUCAUGGAAAGAUUGGGGAGAUAAGGUCCAACCCUGAGGAAGCAAGCUGCAGUGAAAUGAUUUUGGUUUAUAGAUGUUGGUAAACGGUUGCAAUGCAAAUGCCAUGAAGGAGUGAGGAGGCUACUAGGUUGCUACUCUGGAGUGCUAAAGGUGGUGAAGGUGUACCGUUGGUGUUGAGUGUGGACUUUACGCCAGGGUUUGCCUGCAGGACUCUUUGAUCACCUCAUGUCAUAAAAGUUGCGGUCGAGGAAUACGUGCGCGGACCUCAGUUAGGAAGCAGGAGCGGAACACAUGAUGGUUUAAAUCUCUUUGGUGUCCUCACGAUGAAGCGGCUGUUGGUGCUCUUGUCAGGUAAACGACUAAUCUGCUGGAGGCGCAGUCGAGGGCUUACUGUCAUGUUUUGUGCUUCAGUGCUGUCUAUCGCUGUGUCUGCGUGUACAGUGACGCAGUUCCAGUGCAAAACUGGAGCGUGUGUCUCUGACCAGUUGGUCUGUGAUUUCAAAGAGGACUGCGAUGAUGGAUCCGACGAGGAGUUCUGUGGGUCAUGUGACUUUGAGCUUCACACUUGCGGCUGGCGCGACAUCAGCGAGGAGUCGUUUUCCUGGAGUCGACAGAGAGCCAACAUAACCACAACACCAGGACUGGACCACACCACGGGCACUCCUUGGGGGCACGUCAUGCACGUUGGAAACGAAGAAGGUCGUUUUUUUGGAACCGCCGACUUGGAGUAUUCUGUCAGCAAGGUGGCAGCCCUGGGUUGCCAGCUCAGCUUCUGGUACUCUUUCCGUCCGACUGGAUCCCCUUCCUUACCAACAGCUCUGGAUGUGCUGAUGGUGAGAGGCCAGGUCGCCACUGAGUUACUCAGCAUUAGUAAGCGCGAGACCACUGGGUGGGAGAACGCCACCGUAUUUAUUGGAAAUCUGCCUGAAGGAUAUCAGUUGCGGUUCUCCUACGAACGUCCGUUUUCUGGAUCCUGGGAUGUCAUGCUGGAUGACAUCAGCUUUGAGUUCUGUGGAGAUGAAGAUGUACCUGCCGGUUCAGACCAGCUCUCCUGUGACUUCGAACAAAACACAUGUUCGUGGUACCGCGACCUCUCGUCCAGUUUUCAGUGGGAGCGGAGCAGAGGCACAUAUGACGGACCUGGGGGAAAUGGCUACUACAUGACUGUAGAAAGUCAAAGAGACCCGGAAGUGGCAGCCAGGCUCAUCAGCUACCCCCAACCUGCGGGUCGUGUCAUUUGUGUGAGCUUCAUGUAUCACAUAUUUGGCAACAGCAUCGGUUCUUUGAAGUUCAUCAGGAAGCACCCAGGAGAAGAGGAGACAGUCGUGUGGAUGAGGACGGGCACUCAAGGCAACAAGUGGAGGUUGGCUGAUCUGACCUUCUCAAGCGACAAACCAACUCAGUUUAUCAUAGAGGCCACUGGCGAUGGUAAACAAGGCAGUAUAUCCAUCGACGACAUCACAGUGUCCAGCAGUGAGACAGGUUCGUGUCCAGCUGAGAGGGAGUGCAGCUUCCAGGGUUCCCUCUGUGGUCUGCAGCACCUCGACUCUUCAAGCUUCAGCUGGAGUCGGACUACAGGAGCUUCUCAACCCACCAACUCCUCUGGCCCGAAUGCCGAUCACACACUUGGGACAGACCAAGGUUACUACCUCAGUGCCCAGCUGUGGAAGCAGGUUCCCGGCUCCCGAGGCUCUAUGGUCACAGCACAGCUCGAGCCGACCCCGUCUGAAGGCGAGUGCCUAGUCUUCUGGUACUACAUGGAGGGCCCCAACGUCGGGGAGUUGAGUGUUCACCUGCAGACCAUUGGUAACUCUAAGAAGCUGUGGAACAGAAGUGGAGAUCAGGGGACCCACUGGAGACAUGCAAGGGUUCACCUUUUAAAUCCAAGCACAGCGUAUCAGGUGGUGUUUGAAGCUGUGGUCGGUGAGGGGCAGAGGAGGGAUAUCGCCAUCGAUGACAUCACUUUCCAAUUUGGGCCCUGCCCCCCACCAGGCUACUGUGACUUCGAGAUGGAUUUCUGCGGCUGGGUCAACGACCCUCCAGCUGAGUCUGGGAUGGACUGGGAUUGGCUGUCCGGCACCAGUGAUGGUCAUUUUGUCCCAAAUAAGGACCAUUCAACAAAUUCUCCCCUCGGCCACUUUGCCAUUUUUAAUUCGUAUAAUUCUGAGGCAAAGGAAGUCGCUCGACUGGAAAGCGAGUCGAUGGCAGCUGUGGAAAAAGCCUGUCUGGAACUCUGGCACCAGGCUUCUGGAUGGGGAGUUGAUCGACCCUCCGAUAUCACAUUCACUGUGUUGGUCAGUGAGUCUGGUGGGCUGCGGACCAUCUUUGAAACUAACGGUUUCACAAAUUCCUCGUGGAUCCAGGACAAGGUGGACUACAGCUCACCUGAGCCUCACCAGCUAAUUUUGCAAGCCAACUGGACGGGCUCAUCGGAAGGAGGCUUUGCCAUCGACGAUGUCCAUGUACGAUUGAACGAGUUUUGUACAGAUCCUGUGCCAACAACUGCACCGGUGCCAGUCAGCACUACACCCGAGCCUCCUACAUCUCUCAUCACCUGCUCGUUUGAAGAAGGUCUCUGCAGCUGGAUAAAGCCAGGAGCUGAUGACACCGUCUGGACUUUGAGAAGUGGAGAUGAGGUCCAUCAACCGAGGGAUGGACCUUACUUUGACCAUACCAUCGCGAAUAACCAAGGGAAGUUUUUACUUUUGAAUGGAUCUGGAUCCAUGGACGGCGAGAGCGCAAGCCUCUCAGUGUCGGUCUCAAACUUCUCCCAAGUCUGCGUCGGGUUCUGGUACUACAUGCUGGGGCCAUCUGUGUCAUCCCUGGAUCUGGUGCUUGAAUCAAAAUCCUCCAAUGUGUUGGUGUGGACCCGGCGAGGGAGCCAGAGUCCUCAGUGGAUGAGUGCAAAUGUUAACGUCGACAUGACUGAUGCUACUCAGGUGCUGAAGCUCACAGGUCAUAGAGACAUCAACAGUGAAGGAUUCAUGGCUGUCGAUGAUGUCACAGUGAGAGACGGUGCCUGCCGUGUCCCCGAUGUCUGUGGGUUUGACACUGACUGGUGUGGCUUUGAGAAGGGCGUGGGUAACUCGGGUCACUGGGACCGCAAACAAGGCUCGCAGAACGCUGUCGAUCAUACCUAUGGAACCAUGAAGGGCUACUAUAUGACAGCUGUGGCUGCAGAUCCUGCUCAGCCUGCAGAGGCUGAGUUGCUCACACGGAAGUUUCGCUCCAAUGAAGCACUCUGUGUUCAGUUCCGGUAUCGGUUAACUGACUCGACAGCCACCCUCUCUGUCCACGUCCUGGAUCUCGAAGGGCCCGGCGACACUCUCUGGCAGCGGUCAGGAGCGUCUCAUGGAGGCUGGGAGGUCGCGAGGGUCACCAUGUUCUCCCCAACACCAUUUCGUGUCGUGUUCAAGGCUGCAGGUACGAGUCUCUCUGUGCACCUGGAUGAUUUCUCAGUGAGAAACGGUGCAUGUUCUCCUGUGGCCAACUGUGACUUUGAGUCGGGACUGUGCAACUGGGUCAACAUACCCCCUGAAAAUGGACAUGAGUGGGUCCUAACCAGCGGAGGUUCAGAUGGUCCGACCACAGACCACACCACUGGCGCCCCACACGGUGGUUUCUUGUUGAGCACGUCUCCAAACCGACGGAGCAGCAGCUCAGCAAAGGUGGCGUCAGAAUGGAUGAGCCCAGGUGAUUCACCAGCGUGUGUCAUUCUGUGGUACCAAACAGAUGGCAGCACCUCAAGUCAGUUGAGGGUGUCCAUGCGCUCAGAGUCAGCUGAAGAGCUGUUGCUGCAGACCAACAGCAGUGAACUGGGUUGGUCCAGAUUCUCUUGGACUGUAGAGCCAACAGAACCCUUCCAGCUCCUUUUGGAUGCCGCAACUGUCGGCUCUGGAUUUGUGGCUGUCGACGACGUUGGUCUGACGCCAGGCCCGUGUGCAGAAACAAGCUCAGAUUUUGCCAACUGCACAUUUGAGGAAAGCAUGUGUGGAUGGAAGGACAUGAGCGACGGGCCGUGUCAGUGGGGACGACGGAAUGCUUCAGACGACUACGGACCCUCCACCGACCACACAGUGGGCACCGAACUAGGCUGGUACAUGGCCGUGGAGCCUGCCAAAGGAGGUCACCUGAGUCCGGCCCACCUGCAGAGUCCAUCCACCAAGGAGUCCAGCAGCACCUGCUCCCUUCACUUCUACUUCAGUACACAAGGAGACGACAUGGAGGAGCUUAGCGUGGGGCUUCAGGAGUCUUCGCGGAUCACCCCCCUGUGGUGGCACAGCGGCAGCAGCGGAGACAUCUGGCAGCGUGCUGAGGUCACUGUUGGAAGACUUCGCCAGGACUUUCAUAUUCUCUUUCAAGCCUCCAGAGGCUUUAGCAAACCCGGACACGUUGCUAUCGAUGACAUCACCUUUGUUAACUGCUUGCUGCCUGAACCCGAACCCUGUCCUGAGAGCAUGUUCACGUGCGAUAAUAAAGCGUGUGUGGAGAGAAGCAGAGUGUGUGACUUCACCGACGACUGUGGCGACUGGUCCGAUGAAAACCAUUGUGAUCUACAAAGAAUCGAGAGCUGCAACCUGGAACAAGGCAUGUGUUCCUGGUCGAGGAGACACCAGGACACACCAGGAGGUGUAUGGAGGUGGUUACAGGGACAAGACGCCUGGCCAGACCUCGGACCGGCCCGCGACCACACGCUGAGCAGUGGUGCAGGUCACUUUGUCAUCCCUGGCACUGACCUGACAAGUGAAAUGGUCUCCAGAACUCUGCUCCCCAGCUCAAACUGUAACAUCCAAUUCUACUAUUUCAGUCUGAAUGACGCUGCAGGCAGGUUGUCUGUGCAGUCCAGGACCCACCGGGCUGGUUUUGGUGACACAGAGUUGUGGGCCAAGCCUGAUUCACAGAGCUACAGCUGGCAGAGAGCAGACGUGAAGGUCUCCUCCACAGUCAUGCACAAGGUGGUGGUCAGAUACGAGCGUGGUGAGGGUCCAGGAGGUCUAGUCGCCCUCGAUGAUAUCUCCUUCUCCUCCGAGUGCAAGUUGGACCCAGACAACAACGAACUGCCGGACGUCAUCCCCACAACCUCUGAACCACCAACACCACCAGCCCAUCUCACCACUAGCUCCAGGCCCAACCCCUGCCAGGACGACCAGUUCUUCUGUUGGCGUUCUGCGGCCGGAGUCUGCAUCGCAGCUGGGUUACAGUGUGAUUACAGUGCCGACUGUCCGCAGUCUGAGGACGAGGAUGGAUGUGGGCCUUGCACGUUUGAGAGGGACCAGUGUAAGUGGGCCAGUGUUGGAAAGACCUGGCUGAGACAGAAGGCCAGUAACAACUCGCAGCCCCCCUCCGACCACACCACCUCCACAGGCACCUUCAUGAGCGUCCGCAGUCCCACCCUGAGUGAGGCCACGCUCCACAGCCCACCACUGCCGCCGUCGUCCCCCUUUUGCCAGAUAUUGUUUCACUUCCACAUCAGCUCGGAGUGUGCUGGGUCACUCAGAGUGCUUAUACAGCAGGCCAAUGGAAGUGAAGCAAUCUUGUGGUCACGCAGCCACAGCACCGUCCCCAACUGGACCCCAGAGUCUCUGCCCCUGGGUCCUCACCUGCAGCCUUACAAGCGCCGUAUCUCUGCUGCAGACGAAACUUCCGAAAUUCCUGUUUUCAUUCUGCAAUCAGACCAGACAUUAAAAAGCAUUACAAACAACAUGGGGAUAUGGCUUUGGGUCAGCCAGGCUUCAGUCCAAUGAGCCAGCUCCUGCAUGACUGUGUCCUGAGCUUCACCAGUCCAGAAGUGGCACAGACUCCAGCCGUGC